GUUGCAUUAAUUUUGUGUCUUCCCGCACUUCCACAUACUUUGGGUUGAUUGUGAUUCCUCAUUUUCUGCUAUCUGCACUUUCCUUGUAUUUUUCUGAAUUUACGCGGACUAUUUCAUCAUUAGUUGUUGUAUGUUCACUCCUCAAUUCAACUUUGAUGGUACAAAAAAGGAAUAUCAAUCGGGAUAGUGAUGGCGGCUCUGAGUUUUCAGCUCGGGAAUCUAAGCGCCAACAUCCUUGUACCCCGCUUUUUACGGGGUUAAGGAGUUAUUCUUCUCCACAAGAACUUGCACUAAGGCUGGAGCCCUCAAUCCGAAAAUGGGUGCGUGACGAGAUUGAGAGAACUCUUCAAUUAACCCUGAGGUCCUCACCUAAUGAGGAGGAGACUACUCAAUCCAGGGCUAUUCAUCUACAUUUUGACGAUAUACUUCCUUCUACCCUUUUCACCGGUAGUAAAGUAGAAAAUGUGGACAAUAGGCCCAUUAAAGUUGUCUUGCAUGAUGCUAGUUCCAACCAGAGAAUAACAUCUGGGCCCAUAUCUUCGGUAAAGGUUAGCGUGGUUGUGCUUAAUGGGGAAUUUAAUCCCAAUGAUCGAGAAGACUGGACUGAGGAAGAGUUCAGCAGAAAAAUUGUUCGUGAGAGAGAAGGAAAACGUCCAUUAUUGACGGGAGAUUUAAUUAUUCAGCUAAGGGACGGUGUGGGGCAUCUUGGUGAUAUCAGCUUCACUGACAAUUCAAGCUGGAUAAAGAGCAGGACCUUCAGGUUGGGACUGAAAUUGAUUAACCGUUCUGGUGAACUGAGGGUCAGAGAAGGAGUUAGCGAGCCCUUUACUGUGAAAGAUCAUCGUGGGGAGGCUUACAAGAAGCAUUACCCUCCCGCUUUGGGUGAUGAAAUAUGGCGGUUGGAAAAGAUUGCAAAAGCUGGUGCAUCUCACAAACGGUUGAGUCAGAAAGGAAUAUCCUGUGUGAAAGACUUCCUACGGCUGUAUGUCACGGAUCCAUCUCUAUUACGCGAGGUGCUGGCUUGUGGGACGACAAACAACACAUGGGAGAAAAUCACAGAACAUGCGAACACUUGUGUGUUAGACAACAGUGAGUGGUACAUAUAUAAUGCUGGAGAAAGCAUAGUACUUUUGUUCAACUGCAUCUAUAAGCUUGUAGGAGCAAUUCUUGAUGGACAAAAUUGCCAGUCCUUGGACAAACUAGAUGUAUUUCAGAAGAGAAUGGUCGAAGACUUUAAGCGUCGUGCUUACAAAAAUUUGGAUCACCUCGUUCUCCUUGAGGACCACUCUUUUAUUGGCCAAGCAGUCCUAGCAUCAGAUCUGCGAAUUGGCUUUUCUCAUAUUCCUAGUUCAAGCCAGCAGAAUAUGAACUACCGAGUUGAACAAGGUCAAGUGGAGUUACAGAGCAACUCCGACUGUACCACAAUUUCACCAUCACUAGCCUACAUAGUGCAACAAGAUAGUCCAACUGCAGUGUCCAUGCCUGAAAGCUUUCAUGGAAUGCAAGCAUUUAAUUCGACCUUGGCAAGCAGUUUCUUGAUCAGUGAUCCCUGCUGCAGUAUCUACCCUGGUGAUUACGACUGGGGUUCCAGUGGUUCAAUUGAGUCACUAGGGAUGACCGAUUUUCUACCUCCCAACAACAAUUAUCAGCUUGGAACACCAGCAUUGCCGGGGAACGGAUUGUUCGCGAGUUCAAGCAUUCAGCCAGUUUCUCCUAAUUUAGGCUUUCACAUCGCAAGACGUGGAAAUCCCAGAGCAAUAUGGUGCACAAUUCGUGCUGUCCUGAAAUGGAAAACAUUGGUUAAGCGAAAAUGUGUGAAGAUGGGAAGGCUUUUACAUGUAGAUAUCUGAAGUUUGUUGGAGAUUUUGACAAGCAAACUUCACCUCCAUGUCUCAGCCUAUUCUUUGAACCUUUCGGUAUCUUUCUAUAUGAAUUGCAUAUAGCAUCUAGCAUCUAGCAUAAGUGAGUAAAUUGUACAUAUAGUAAGGGUUUUGUCAGGAUGAAGGUGCAUGUAGGAUAAAUUUGCUUGCAGAAACAAUAGCAAGCAUUCACAUGUUAUGCUACCCCAAAUGCCAUCGUCCUUAUGGGAGUUUCGUGCUAAACUCUUUACUAAAUAGUAUUGUGGUAGACUUCUUGUGUGUUUCAGCAUCAGAUGUAAUAACUGGUGCUUAUGUAGGACGUAAUAUGAGAUUAUAAUAAUUAGAUGUUGUGUCAAUAUUUGAAUUAUUUGCCUAUGAAA